CACACACACACACACACACACACACACACACACACACACACACACACACACACACACACCCUGACAUACACCUGUAUACACGCUACCCUCCAGGUAGUGAUGUCGUUAGCGGUGCAUGUCCGUCGCCACCUGCGGCGCUUCCUCCUCCUCCUCGCCUCUGGCUCCCUGCUAGGCUCCGCCUACUUCCUAUUCUCUCACUCCGCCCCCACUCUACAGCUCAACCAAUCAGGAGAGCACGUUGCUGUAGCGUGCCCCCUGCCCUUUCCAACUCCCUACAGAUCCGCCAACACACACACUGAUAAACACACCGACACACACACUGAUAAACACCCCAACACACACACUGAUAAACUCCACGACACACACACUGAUAGACGAUCCGACCACAACACACACACUACUGAUAACCACACCGACAGACGAUCUGACCCCGACACACACACUGAUAAACACCCCGACACACACACUGAUAACCACACCGACAGACGAUCCGACCGCGACACGCAGCCCCUCCCUUCAGUCGACCCAGUAGUAUUGGUACUAGUAGAAUCACAGUAUAGCCAGUUAGGACAGGACAUAGUCACCAUCCUGGAGUCAGCCAGGUACCCCUUCACAACAGAGAUCACCCCGGGGAAGGGAGACCUGCCUCCUCUCACUGACCAGGGGCGUGGUCGCUACAUCCUGGUCAUCUACGAGAGUCUGUUGAAGUACGCCCACACUGAUCCCUGGAACAGACAGCUGCUACACCAGUACUGUCUCCGUUAUCGAGUCGGCAUCAUCACCUUCCACAGAGCCAAUCAGAACUCUCCGCCCCUGCUGAAUCUCCGGGGUCUUCCCCUGCUGCUACGGACCAAUCAGGCGCUCCGAGACGCCUCUGUGAUGUCACGUUCGCCCCUCCUCCACCUGACGCGGGCUGAGACGGACCGUGGCCCACUCCCUGGCGAUGACUGGACCACAUUCUCCUCCAACCACUCCUCCUACCAGGCUGUUGUCCAGGCACGGCCCAGGGAGGGAGGCCCCGGAGUGGGCAGCCGAGAUAAUCCAGUCCCUGGUUUCAGUCGGGGCCUACGGGCUACGGUGGUGCUGGAUGUGGGGCUGUUUGACGGUGUUCGGAGGGUCAUCUUCGGACACGGCCUGGGCUACUGGCUACACAGGCUCCUAUUGGUGGACGCUGUCACUUACCUCACGGACAGGAAGUUGUCGUUGGGGCUGGAGCGUCACAUCCUGGUGGAUAUAGACGACAUCUUUGUUGGGAAGGAAGGAACACGCAUGAACACCAAGGAUGUUAAGGCCCUCCUGGACACUCAGAACCAGCUGAGAUCUCAAAUCACCAACUUCACCUUUAAUCUGGGCUUCUCUGGAAAGUUCUACCAUACAGGUACAGAUGAAGAGGAUGAGGGGGAUGAUGUGCUGCUCGGUUCUGUAUCAGAGUUCUGGUGGUUCCCUCACAUGUACAGCCACAUGCAGCCACACCUCUUCAACAACCUCACCUCUCUGCUGGAGCAGAUGGUCCUUAACAAGGACUUCGCUCUGGAUCAUGGUAUUCCAGUAGACCAGGGUUAUGCUGUUGCACCCCACCAUUCAGGAGUCUACCCUGUUCAUCUCCAGCUGUAUGAGACGUGGAGGAAGGUGUGGAACAUCAGGGUUACAUCUACUGAGGAAUACCCUCACCUCAAACCAGCUAGAUACCGCAAAGGAUUCAUACACAAUGAUAUUAUGGUGCUGCCGCGUCAGACGUGUGGGUUGUUCACACACACCAUUUACUAUAAGGACUAUCCGGGAGGACCUAAAGAACUGGACAACAGCAUCAUGGGAGGAGAACUGUUCCUGACUGUCCUGCUGAACCCAAUCAGUGUGUUUAUGACCCACCUGUCAAACUACGGCAAUGACCGUCUGGGUCUAUACACAUUCCUCCACCUGGCUGACUUCCUCUCUACCUGGACACACCUCCAGCUAGACACUCUACCUCCUCUGCAGCUGGCCCAGAGAUACUUCACCCUGUUCCCGCAGCAGAGACAGCCUCUCUGGCAGAACCCGUGUGAUGACAAGAGGCACAGAGACAUCUGGUCCAAGGAGAAGACCUGUGAUAGGCUGCCCAAGGCUCUCGUUAUCGGACCACAGAAGACAGGAGCAACAGAGCUCUGCCUCUUCCUCCUGAUGCAUCCUUCCAUCUCUAGCAGCUUCCCCAGCAACAAGACGUAUGGAGAGGUCCAGUUCUUCAACACGAACAACUACCACCAGGGAAUAGACUGGUAUAUGGAGUUGUUCCCGCUCCCGUCUAACGUCACCAGUGACUUCCUCUUUGAGAAGAGCUCCGCCUACUUCCCCUCUGAAGACGCUCCUCGCCGCGCCGCCGCUCUGCUGCCAAAAGCCAAGAUACUGACCGUGCUGAUCAACCCCUCAGACAGGGCUUAUAGCUGGUACCAGCACCAGAAGGCUCUUGAGGAACGCACCGGGUCGAUGCUCUCCUUCUAUGAUGUCAUCAGCGCUCAACACGGGGCGCCGUCCAACAUCCGAUCACUACAGGACCUCUGUCUCACCCCGGGACUCUACAAUACACACCUAGAGAGAUGGCUAACACACUACCCUGUUGACCAGCUGAUGGUUAUAGAUGGACAGCAGUUGAGGAGAGAUCCAGCUGCAGUGAUGGAGCAGGUCCAGAAGGUCCUGGGGAUUACUCCUCACUACAACUACACACAGACUCUACGGUUUGACCAGCAGACGGGUUUGUGGUGUCAGCUUUUAGAUGGGGGGAAGACGAAGUGUUUGUGGAGUAAAGGAUUGGAGUAUCCUCCUAUGGAACCAGAGGCACGGUCCUACCUGUCCAGGUAUUAUAGGGAACACAACAUAGACCUGUCCAAGCUGCUCCACCGGCUGGGCCAGCCUCUCCCCUCCUGGUUGAGAGAGGAACUACAGAAGGUCAGUUAACAGGGUUAGAGGUCAGAGUUCAGGGGACACCGGCUGGGUCAGCCUCUCCCCUCCUGGCUGAGAGAGGAACUACAGAAGGUCAGAUAACCUCUAACCCUACCAGCAGCCCAGGUUCAUAGGUCAGGUGUUAAGGGUCGGGGACCAUUAAGAGGAAGAGGGCAUGACCUUUCUGUGACCUGCUAAACCCCGUGGUGAAGCUGAGGAUGGAAAAGAGAUCAUGAACUAUGAACAAUGAACUCUGUCCUGGCUUGACCUCACAGAGGAGAAGAGAUACUAGAUCACUGAUAUCUGGAUGGAUAACUGGAUAUCAUGGUCUCUGAACUCAGAGAGAUUGGAGGGAUGACUGACCUCUGGAACAGAACUGUGUUUCAGUUAAUGGACUGGAGAGACCUAUAGCCCAGUCUCCAUCCUUCUCCCUCUCUUCUUCUCUCUCUCCAUCCACCUCCCUCUCUUCUUCUCUCUCCAUCCACCUCCCUCUCUUCUUCU